CAACAGGAACUGCACCUGUUCGCGUAUGCUGCCUUAAAGUGCGCCUCGUGAUGUCGUACAUCAGACUAGUCGAUCGCCUGAAUAUAAACAAACUGGGUCUAGAAACAAAGUAGGUCUACUUAUGUGUUGAUGCAGUUGAUUGACGAGGUUUUUCCCUCAGGCAUGCUACUGAUAUUCUAAUGUUAAUUGUAAUCCCCCCGAAAAUAAACUACUGAACAUAGCCUAUAACACAUAAAAACAGUAGGCUGUAUUUCAACUUCCUUAAUUGAAAAGAUCAUUUCUCCGACCGCACUUAAAGUCAGCACAAACUCCUGAUCAGCCUUGCAACAAUGAGGAACUUUUCUGUCUGAGUUUCCACUGAAGCGACAGGGACGUGGGAUACAUGGGAUGGGGUGAGGUGAAAAACAGCGGACAAAGAUGUGAAGAGAGGGGGAGUUGUGAUCUAGAAAAAUAUUAUUUCCUUAUGAAACGAUAAGGAAAACAUGGCGAAUUCAAGUUCUCCACAUGCAGCUCUUCAUAUGACCUCCGCUCAGGCUCACCGCGCUGAGAUCCUGGAAAAUCCAUUCCGGACCUAUCUCCUGGGAAUCAUAAUCUCCAUAUGUGGGAAUUUCAUCAUCAGCAUUUCACUCAACAUACAGAAAUAUGCCCACGUCUGUCAGGCUCAGCGUGGCUCCAAGCCCUACUACACCUCUGUGAUGUGGUGGUGCGGUGUGGUUCUCAUGGGUGUAGGGGAGCUGGGGAACUUUGCUGCCUAUGGCUUUGCCCCAGCAUCGCUCAUUGCCCCGCUGGGCUGUGUGUCUGUCAUAGCCAGUGCUGUCAUAUCUGUGGUUUUCCUCAAGGAGACGGUGCGCGCCUCUGACAUUGUUGGUGGCACCCUGGCAAUAACAGGAACGUAUCUCCUGGUGACCUUUGCCCCCCACAAUUCCACACACAUCACAGCCCAUCUGGUCCAAUACUACGCCAUCAGCUGGCACUUUCUGCUUUACCUUUUUAUAGAGGUCGUCGUCUUUUGCAUCCUGCUCUAUCUGUACAAGAGGAGGAAUGUGAAGCACAUUGUCAUUGUGAUGCUGCUGGUGGCCCUGCUCGCCUCUCUGACCGUCAUCUCAGUCAAAGCUGUGUCAGGGAUGAUCACAGAGUCAAUAAAAGGCCAGCUGCAGCUCAUCUACCCCAUCUUCUACGUCAUGCUUGUCAUAAUGGUUGCCUCCUGCGCCUUCCAGAUCAAAUUUCUCAAUCAGGCAAUGAAAAUGUUUGAUGCCACAGAGGUUGUUCCUAUCAACUUUGUGUUUUUCACCGCAAGUGCCAUUGUUGCAGGGAUAGUAUUUUACCAGGAAUUUGAAGGCUUGGCCUUACUGAACAUUUUUAUGUUUCUUUUUGGUUGUCUUCUGUCUUUCCUUGGAGUUUUCCUGAUAGCCCGAAACAGGCCAAAGAUAAAGCAACAAGAUCGCAAUUUUAUAGCAAUGGAAAGGAUUCCUGGGAGAAGGCACACAGACAAAGUGCAGCCUGAGGCAAAGACUCCGACAUACGGAUCGCUGGCAGCCAAACUCAUGUGCAACAGAGCUGGCCAAACAGACGAUUCAUAGGACCUGCUCCAUCUGUUGGGACUGUGGAUUUGUGUGUGCAUGCUUGUUCCUGGGUACUUCAGUAAUAUCUCUAUUUAUAGAAAUAAAUGGUAGGCAUCCAUUCAAACAAGUGCCAGCUAAGCGGCAGUAUUGGUGGCCAUAUUGGUCUUAGAUUUUAUGUCAAAAUGGCAAGUUUUCUCUCUCAAUAUCCUUGAAGAAUUUCAGUGUUUUUCUUGAGUUAAUAGUAUUUCCAGCAGGGUUGCUAGGAAUAACUGAACUGACUAAAUGAGAUGAAAACACCUCAGGAUCACAGUGAAACAUCAAAUGCCAGACUAGCAACAAAUGCCUUUCUAUAUAACAUAUGUAUUGUUAAUCAAUUGAAUAAAUUGGUCUAUGUGCAUCAGUUGUAAAUAAAACAAGGACAAAAUGUU